UGGAUAUUACUCUUAUAUUGUAGUUUUUAGUCUCUAGUUUUAGCUCUUAGAAUCUGAAAAUUGGCCCAAGAACAUUUGAAGUUAGGGUUUCACUUGUUUUGGAUAAUUUGGCAAGAAAGGUGUACUUGAGGAAGAGUGUUUCCUUUAGGUCACCUAAGAGGAAGGUUUGAACUCUUAUUUGUGAGGUGUGUUGAAGAUUUUGAAACAUCUUCUAGUGCUAAUCAUUGAAUAGGAGUAAGGGUCUUUCUAUCUAUCCUUUAAUUUCAAGCGUUCUUUUUCUUCUUCAUCUCCAUUCUAUGUGUUGUUUUCUCUUUAUUUAGUUGCUGGAAUUUGCAUCUUAGUAACCAAUUUCGUGUGUUUGGUAGUAUUUAGGCUAUCAUUUGGUAUCAAAGCCUUGGUUAGGGUUGUUCCAAUAUCCCUAAAUCUUGGUUUUAGUGUUCUUAUUAAGAAAAUCCCACAAAAAGAGUUAAAAAAUCCAAAAAUCUCAAAAAAAAUUGUGUUGUCUUGUUGUUUGUUGUAGAUCCAAAAUUUUCAAGUUAGAUCUACAAGUUUUUAUUGUGUUUUGAUAGCUUUUAGUGUUACAUUCUUGUUCUCUAACACUAAAAGUGUCUAGAUCUAUUUUUAGAGUGAAGUUUGGUUGAAUUUGAGUUUGAUCCACCAUAGUUGUGCUUUGUUUGAAGCUUUUGAGGUGGGAUCUCGUUUUUAGUCAUCUUGUUUGUGGCAUUUUGUGGCUGAUUUUAUGUUGGUUGUGUUUGUCUUGGCUUAAGGAACCUAGAUCUAAAAGAAAAUUCAGAUUUGGAGUUCAUUUGCUUGUUGGUCAACUUGGUCAACACUUGAAUAUUCAUCUUGUUCAUCCAUGAUCUUCAUAUCUUAGUAAAGAAGAAUAUUCAAAGUGUUUGUUUGAUCCAAAAAAGGGAAGAAAGAGAGUGUGCUUGUUGUUAGUCCAAGAAUAUUCCCUAGUAUAUUCCUAAUCCGAAAGGUGGGAACCAAAGGACAAAUCAAGUACACUUGUAAUUAAUUGGGGGGACCGUUUCAUUUUAAUUUCAUUUAGAGUCUUGAAAGGGCUCCAAAUUGUUUACUUACCCCCUCAAAUCUGAAAAUUCUUCUUCCCAAAGUUGAUACUUGGCCGAAACAUGGGAUUGGGAAAUGAAAAAAAAAUUCGAAAAAGAGACAAUCAACCACUUAGUGCCACGUCAUCACUUGUGAUCAACCAAAUUCAUCUCUAAAAUUAGAUUUUUCUUAGUUUCUCUUUUUUGAUUCUAGUUCCUUGUGUGUUAAACACUAUCACUAAUUAGCAAACUAGUAACUACCUACUAGGUUGAGAAUUAGUCUUGGGUUCGUUUGUUUCGUGUCUUUGAUUUUUUGUGUACUUUUUUCAUUUUUAAGUCGUAGUAUUUUGUUGGUUCAAGUCCGUGCAUCACUUUAUUUGAGUCGUUUCAAACAAAGAUUGAUUCUGAAAGCUUCUCACCUCUUAAGUAACUUACCAAGUAUUGCCGAUUCUCCAACACUUCUGAAGCCAAGUGUGAGGUGAGGUUGAGUGUGAGUAAAGUGGGGCUUUUGAACUAACUUGUUUGCUCAUUUUGUAGAUUGUGCUGCUUGCUGUUUUUUUUUGUUCUUUUAGGUACAUUUUCCAUGGAAUCCAAAGGUACUACUUCCCAACCUUUGGGAAAUGAUGUUAUUGGAGCCUUGAUGGCUCAGUUUGAGGCCUUUUCCCGAUAAAUGAAGAAUGAUAAUGAUGCCUUGAAAAGUAAUGUGGAUUCUAUGAGGGGUGAAAUAGUAUCCUUGAAGGGUGGUGUGAUUAGAUUGAAAGCGAGGGUUGAUAGAUUAUAUCCACCAAAGUCUCCACAAAAUGUAAACCACCAAGUCCCAAAUCCACUUUACUAAAGACCUCACACUCCAUAAAAUUCCAUGCCACAAAUCCAAAUACAUUACCAAGGUAAUCCAAUGCCUCCUCCCCAAGAUCCACUAAACCAAAAUCACCCCAUACAACUAAGAGAAGAGAUGGUGAUAGAAUCGAAGGGUGAUGAGGUCAGUUUUCAAGAUGGAGAGAAGCUUGAUGUUGAGAUACAAGAAGAGUGUGAAGAAAAGAAGGAAAAGGAAAGGGAAGUCGCGGGUAGUGAGGUUGAAAAGGAAAAAAAUUGCUUGAUUGUGGGUUUUGUCCACAAAGAACCUUUAUCACUACCUAACUCAAAAGCUAGCAUUUUGCCUAGCUUUGAUUCUUCUUAUGUGCAGGUACUAGAAGAAAUGAUAAUCAAGAAGGAUCCAAAAGGAGUUCUACAUGAAAGCAUGAGAAAUGAACUAGAGGCUCACUUGACCAAGAGCGCCAAAAAAGUGGGCUGCCCAAGCCUUACCCGAGAUCUGAAUUUGAGGACAAAUUCCUUCAAGAUGGAGAGGAUGAUACAAGCACAAGGAGCAUCAAAAGAACAAGUAUGGUCUAAGGGUCAAGUCUUUGGAAUUAGCAAGCAAUUGAAGACUUUUCGGAGUAUUUUGAAGCCUUGGUCAAGAGAAGGAAGGAAGAAAACUUAUACACUCAAGAGGCACCCUAAGUGAAGGGCAUUGAAGGCAUUAUGCACUCCAAAACAAUACUCAAGAGGUGCCCCAAAUUCCCUCCCUCAUUAAGGGCAUUUUUGUCCAUUAAAUGUAAUAGUAUAAAUAGACCAUUUUACUUCUCUUUUCAUUAGACUUUGAUGAAAUUGGAUAUUACUCUUAUAUUGUAGUUUUUAGUCUCUA